ACUAGCAUGCAAGUGGACUAUGCAUUUUUUUGUGGGAAAUCUUUUUAUGAUGAACAGGAGUUUAGGGUGGAUUUGCGUAGCCUACUAAACAUUGUUUUUCCGGCUGGCCUCUCAACUCCACAAUCUUUGGAUGAGAAGAUGUUCAGAAUCUGAUAGAUUUACCAGAUAGGUAUGACAGCAAGACUACAAUUUAAAAACAAAAAUGCGCCUUUGAGUUUUUUUUUUCUUUUUUAGGCAUCUAACGUUAUAUUGAUAACGCAAGCAAGCAUGCUUUUACAUCUGUUCUGAGUUAUUUAUCAGGCUACAUUGAGUGGAAAAAUUCUCAUGAAUUUUCAAGAGUCAUUCGGUUUUCCUUUUUUCAUCAGUGUGGUAUAGACUAGCCUAAUGAGACUGAAGUGCAACUGGCCCCAAGAUAUAGAUAGGUCUGAGUACUGCGCAAUGAACUAACCAUUCAAGUUGUCCAAAUUGCUUUAUUUACGUUUUGUAAAGAUAUGGAUGAGUCAACGGCAUUGGAUAUCGCGGCCCUGAAGAUGACUGAGGAACAGUACGUACUGGAGGCCCAGUCGGGCCAUCUUCAGCAGCCCAGGUGCGACGCUGUCGACGCCGUGGGACUCUAUGGGUGGAGGAAGAGAUUCCUCUACUUUUUCCUCUCGCUGUUGCUAGUCAUAAUGAUAGUCAACCUGGCCUUAACUGUGUGGAUAGUAAAGGUCAUGCAUUUCACUGUGGACGGAAUGGGAAACCUUCAGGUGAACGGGGAAGGGAUACGACUGGAGGGAAUAUCGGAAUUUCUUCUUCCCCUUUAUGUGAAGGAGAUCCAGUCAAGAAGGGCAAGCCCACUGGUCGUGCGGUCGAACAGAAACGUGACCAUGAACGCUCGAAACGACCAAGGCCAACUCACUGGACAGCUGACAGUGGGUCUCGAUUCAGUGGAAGCACAGUGUCAGAGAUUUGAGGUGCGAAGCAGGGAUGGAGGGAAGAUGCUGUUCUCUGUAGAUGAAAAGAAGAUCAGCAUAGGAACAGAUACAGUCAGAGUAACUGGCUCAGACGGAGGGGUCUUUGGACACUCUGUGGAAACACCUCACAUCCAGGCAGAUGCAUCUCAAGAUCUGAAGCUUGAGUCUCCAACAAGGACCUUGACCAUGGAGGCUCCCAGAGGGGUAGAGGUCACCGCAGCCAGAGGGAAACUGAAGGCCACGUGUCGGAAAGACCUGGAACUCCAGUCAACAGAGGGAGAGAUCUUUUUAGAUGCAAACGCGAUCCGACUGGGGAGCUUUCUUCCACUUGGUGUCUACUCCCCGUCCUCAGACACAGCUUCUCAGAAACAGACUGUGUACGAGCUGUGCAUCUGCCCCAACGGCAAGCUGUACCUCUCCCCCGCCGGCAGCAGAUCCAGCUGCUAUUCCACAAGCAACGUCUGUCUCUGGAACUGA